AUGGCUUCUCUAAUGAUACAUGGCUUUGUCCAAAUGUGGAAUAGGAAUGCCGGGAUGUCUAAGUCAAAAGAAGCAUUCAUUGAAACAGUGGGUGGCAAGAAAUUUAAACUGGUGAUCUACUUCAAAAGCGGAGGGUGCACAACUUUUCAGCUAAGCAAUAAUAUUAAAAAUGUGCUCCAUCGAUCUUAUGGAGACAACCAAGAACACCUGCAUUUAAUUUUCAAAAAUAAUAACUUCUUGUUUGUUGAAAGAUUAUCCUCCACAGAUGCCAAAGAACUGAAGGAGUUCUUGGACAAAGUCCAUCAAAAGAGGCUUCAGCCAUCCCAGGUACCUGUUGGUGAUGAGAAUGACACUACCAGCACAACAAAAGAGCAGAAGAGCAACAAAACUUCACCCAGCAAAGAAUGUAAGAAGGAAAGUAGUGAAUCUUUGGAGAAAAAAGAAGGAAGCAAAAUACCUAACUUUCGGGAUAUGUCUUUGUUUGCAUCAAUAUCAUCAACACUUACCCGCAAAGGGUUCCAAAUUCAUUGUGAGAAGAGAAAGGUAUCAUCUGAAACAGAGAUGAAUCAGACCUCCAUGGGAGGGAGCGAAUCUGUAGGACUUAAGAAAGCCAAGAGAAAUCCCUUUAAGAAUGGAAACCACAAUAUAAAAAAAGAACGGAGAAAGAAGAUACUGGAAUUUAAACCUUCAUUUAAGAUCAAGUCUACUGGGAACGCUUACCUAGAUGGCAUCGGUCUCCUCCAAGCUCUCAGUGAGAAAAUAUAUUUGGCACUUCUUUCAGAUCCAGCGUAUAAGGAAGAUGACCCUGGGUGGGGAGGAUUUGAGAUUACCUUAGAUUUUUACCCAGAGAAACUGUGGCAAGGCCUCCCCAAUGUGGGAAACAGUUGUUAUAUGAAUGCAGUUUUGCAGUCCCUAUUUUCAAUUCCACCAUUUGCGAAUGAUUUACUCAGUUGGGGUUUCCCAUGGGGUAAGUCUUCCCUUGAUGUUCUUAGCAUGUGCUUGGCACAGCUGCUUGCUCUGAAAGAUAUUUACAACAUCAAAAUUAAGGAGAGGUUGCUCGUGAAUAUUAAAACAGCCCUUUCAGCAGUUGCAGAGAUCUAUGCUGACAACAUACAGAAUGAUGCUCAUGAGUUUCUAGGUCACUGUUUAGAUCACAUGAAAGAGAAUGUGGAAAUUUUCAACAACAGUGUGAAGACUGAAGGUAAAUCCGGAGAAGAGAAUUCACCUGAAGAGGUAUUUGCGGGCAGUGCUUUCACCAGUGUGUUCUCAUGCCCUGUCAUCACUAAUUUCGAGUUGGAGUUGCUGUCCUCUAUUAUUUGCAAAACCUGUGGUCAUGUUGUUCUCAAGACAGACAAGAGUAAUUAUAUCUCGGUCAACAUUCCCCAAGGACCGAAAGGACGUCCCUUGUCUAUUCAGUCUACUUUUGAUCUUUUUUUUAAAGCAGAAGAGCUUGAGUAUACAUGUGAGAAGUGUGAGCACAAGCGUUCCAUUGCUCUGCACAAAUUCAGUAGGCUCCCCAGGGUCCUCAUUGUUCAUCUGAAACGCUAUCACUUUAAUGAGUUUUGGUCAUUAAAGAAGGAUGAUCGGGAAGUUUUUGUUUCAAAAUAUCUACAUUUGUCUUCUCAUUGCAAUAAAAAUACCAUACCACCUCUUCCCUUGGGCAAGAAUAUACGUGUUAGGGAUUUGCAAGUCUUAAAAGUCUUUCGAAAGAUGACUUCUAAAGCUGCCCGUUUUUCGAAAAUUUCAAGGAAGUUAGCUUCAAAAUCCAAAGAUUUACUGGCUCCCCGUUUUAGAGCAACCAAAGAGUCUUGGCAACAGAAAGGUCAGAUUCCCCAUGAAGAGUCAAGCAGAGAACAGCAGCAAGAACACCUGGAAAGAUGUUCUAAGCUAAACACAGUAGAGCCCACAUUGGUAGACAGAGGAGCUGGAACAAACAUAGAGAAAGGGUUACUGGCAGCUGGUUCAGUGAUAAGUGGGAAUGGUGAAAGUGAAUCCACCAGUACCCCAGGUGCCUGUCUUGCAGAAUUUUAUCUCAAAGAACUACUUGAAAAUGUGAAACCUGAGCAUUUUGAAGAUUUCAAUUGUGAGGAUGUUUCUAAGACUACUGAUGAAGAAUUUUAUGAAGACAAAAUAAAAAAAGUGGCUGAACAGAAACACGAGCAAGAGAGGAUGAGAUUCUAUGAAGAAGGCUUUCCAGAGGCUCUACUGCAAACCUGUCCAAAGCCAGAACCCCUGUGCAGCACAGAGAACCUCAGAAGACCUGCAGACUUUAGUUACCAAGGUGCCAAUGGGAGUUGCCUAGGUGCCUCGGAUUCCAGUUCAACCCCCAGGAGCAAACACUUUUUUGAUAUAGGGAGAACAGGAAACAAUUCGGCUGAGAAGAUAAGUGAAAAGGCUGAGAGGGACAAGCAUGCCUAUCGCCUCAUUGGUGUUGUCAGCCAUCUUGGGAAGACCCCAAAUUCAGGCCAUUAUAUCAGUGAUGCCUAUGACUUUGAGAGGCAAGUCUGGUUCACAUACAAUGAUCUGCAGGUAUCAAGUAUCCAAGAGGCUCCUAUGCAGGCAGCGAGGUUGUGCACUGGGUACAUCUUUUUUUACAUGCACAAUGAUAUCUUUAAAAAGCUGUUGGGAAGAAAACAGUGCUUCAGGUCUCGUCGCCCAAAGAACACCUAUCCAGAGAAAUAA